AUGCCUGAUUCUUCGAAGGAUCAGGCAGCUAUCCGACAAGCGUUGGACCGCGCCCGCAACUGUGAAAACGGCGCGCUGGAUUCUCAAACCUCCGGUGUUCUUGAGGCAGCUAUCACCGAUCUAUGGAACCGACUUCAAGCCGAGCCUGAUACCUAUGUUUUGAAUCGGGAUGAAUUUGCUUUAUUCAAUUAUUUUAUGGAGCGAUAUCGGGGCUCUAAUAUCACACAACGAGCUGUGGCUCGGUUUUGGAACAACUAUCAAGGCGCGACAAAUGCAGAUGUGGGGUCAAAGAAAUAG